AUGGCCUGUGAUCUCGAGGCAGCGCGCAUCACCUCGUUGCCCUCAGACGCAUUCUACAUAUCUGACUUCGUUUCCGAGGACGAGGAGACCUGGCUAUUGCAGAAGGUAUCAUCGGCGCCUCUGCCACGCUGGACUCAUCUGUCACAUCGCAGGCUCCAGACAUGGCCGUCAUCGCUCACCAAGUCUAACACGUUACUUGCAUCUCCAUUGCCAUCCUGGCUGGUAUCCCCGGUCACUGAGCCGCGGUUGAAAGAGCUUGGAAUCUUCAAUGAUGCGCCACACGGUGCACCCAAUCAUGUCCUGGUGAAUGAGUAUAAUCCUGGCCAGGGAAUCAUGCCGCAUGAAGACGGGGCUGCAUAUUACCCACUGGUGGCAACUGUGAGCCUCGGUGCUCCCAUCGUGCUGGAUAUUUACAAGAAGAAUAGUCAAGAUGCAAAUGACGAGGGGAAAGCCGGCGGGAGUGCUUCAAACAUGGCCGAUCACAAUCGGAAGCCACAAUACCGGAUUCUACAAGAGAGACGAAGUCUGCUGAUUACAAGGGCUGAUCUAUAUACGGAUUAUCUCCACGGCAUUGCCGAGACGACCAAGGACGAAGACUUGACUGCAGACACGAUCUGCAACUGGGAUCUUCUGCGCGAGAAGAAUCCGUACCGUGCUGGCUGGUACCAGCGGGAAACGCGGACAAGUCUCACGUAUAGAGAUGUUCUGAAAGUCGCGAAGAUGGGAAAUUCCCUCAAGUUUCUCGGUGGACGAUGA